GCACUAACAAUCUAGGCUACAGCAUGGAUGACCUGUUUGGCCUAACUCUCACAUUUGAUCCCCUGAAGGAUAUGUUGACAAAUAUUCUUAAACGUCAGAAUGAACUUGACAUUGAGUUGAAGCUCAUGAAAGACAGUAUGAAUGAGAAGAUAUCCCCAGGCGAUAUUGAAAAGACCAAUUCCAAACUAACAUGGCUGGUGAAUAACACCGAGAACCAGAUACAGAAGCUAUCAGCCAAAGUCGACUCAAAUAGCAGGAGCACAGAGUAUAAACUUGAGCAACAAUUAGCUAUGAACUCUUCUUUAUCAGGGAAAGUCCAUGAGCAAGCACAAAAAUAAUAAGGAAUUCAAUGAAAUCUUCAAGGAUUUAGAGGCCAAAUCUGUUAGAACCGAUGCAAGGAUAGACGAUCAUAUCCUUCAGUUUGAAAACUACAAGAUGCACUCAGAGACAGCAAGAUGGAAAGCUCUAAACGAGAAGCAAGACAAUGAAGAGGUUAGCCAAGCCGUUGUGCAGAAGAUCGAAGACAUGGUCGAUUCUGUAUCAAAGAAGGUCCAGAGGCAAAGCAGUGCUCAUACUCAAUUUCAGGAUAAAAUCGGUGAUUUAGAGACUAAAGUGAUUCUUUUAAUCCAGGCAGCUAAAAACAGCAAAGCUGGAAAGGACAACUCCAGCUUAUUCGAAGGAGUUGGAGAUGUAGUCUCAGCAGUAGACCACUUAAAAGAAAUGAUGAGAGGACAAUAUGCUCAACUAACUGAGUUUAAAGAAUGUGAGCAGCAGGUAGAAAUCCUUAACAAGUUCUUCCUCGAUGAGAAAGAAUUCAAAAUUCAGCAAGAAAAAGCUAAAAAUGAGCUAGAAGAUAGAAUCAGUGAUAUCAGAGCUGAAUCAGACAAACUCAUGGAAGAGAUUACAAACUUGAAAGAAGAGAGGUUUAAAGCUUUUGAAAACCAACUUGUAGAGAAAGUUGAUUAUUCUGAAUUUGAAGCCACCGUUAACAAUAUUCAAAAUUACUUUGAGAAUAACCCUAGUGAAGUCUCAGUAGAAUCGAGGAUGAAAGAUUCACAAUUUUCCAAGGCAAUUUAUGAGAAUAAGUCUGGGCAUCAAAAAGAUAAUGAAACUGAUUCCUUAACUGAAGAUGAAGAUAUUGAGGUAAAAUCGACUCCUCGACUAGACAAAGAUUCUCCUCCAGUGAGUAGGAAUAAUUCUAGAGACAGGACUCCUGAGAAUUUUGGACAAGCCAGGCCAAUUCUUACACUCAAAAAGGUGUCUCACCAAGAAAGUAUCAAGAACGAGACUGGCUCAAUUAAGAGUCCUACAACGAAGAGGAACUUUAGAAAGAAGAAGAUUAUUCUCAAAAAGGGUCCCUCCUUCAUUCCUAAAGAGGCUGUAAGAAUGAAAGAAUUUGAAAGGAAAAUCAAAGAUAUCGAUGAAAAACUCGUCAAUAUCAUCAAAAACUCCAAGAAUGACAUAAUCCCUAUUAUCGAGAAGAGGCUUGAUGGAAUCAGGGAGGAAAUUGAGAACAAAGCAUCCAAAUUAGACCUGAAAAAGAUCAUGUCUGAUGUCCAGUAUUUUACAGAGUCAAGCAAACAGAUGAAUGAUGAAAUCUCAGCAUUUAAACAAGAAGGCCUUGUAGGCGAAAAAGGCAAGAAGAUUGAGGAAGAAGUAUCCCUCACUUCGAGUAAACUUGCCCAGCUUGAAGGGAAAUUUACAUGGCUCCAUGAGGCACAUAAAGAUCUUAAGACUAAGACUAACGAAUCUCUGAAAGCUUCUCAACCCCUCAUGAUGAGCAAUAUUGACAUGAACAAGAUGGUGGGAGAGGAAGCUUUUAGUGAAAUAAGGGAGGAAAUCCGAAAGCUUGACAGAGAAAUCUCUGAUCUCUCCACAAGUUUGAAAUAUACUACUAAUGAUCUCAAGUCUAAAAUAAAUGAAAAAGUCGAUGAUAGAAAUCUGAAUGAGCUAGAAGAUCAGCUCACUACAGAUAUGGAUCAAAUCAUUCGCAGCUUUAACCGAAGAUUUGCUGAGAAGCAAGAUACUAAGAAGAGCAUUAGACAUAUAGAGAGACAGAUCAGAGUUAUACAUGAGACUGUUGGAAUUGGAGGCCCAAAUUUCAUGAACAAUAGGCUCACCAAUGAAGAUAAUAAUUUCGCCACCAAAAAUAUCAGAAGAGGCAGUGCAGACAUCUUUGGCAUGGAAGAGGAGGUUGAAAGAAGCAGAGGAAACCCUCAUGAAUUUAGAGGUGGAGAUCCUUCCAUGACCUUCAACUUGAAAUCACCUGACUUUGACAAAAGCUCAAUCAAAAAUUUGAAAAAGGAAGUUAAAAUUGGGAAAACUGGUGUAGAAAAAAUAACUGUCCCUCUGCAAGGAAGUAUAACUAGUAGGAUUUAUAAAGACAAAAACUUGGAUUUGAACAAGACUCCUCAGGGAUCUCCUAAGGCUGGGAAACCUAUCUUGGAUAAUUUGAAAGGGCACAAGCCUACCAAGUCCCUUAGCAAGGUUAACUUGAUAUAUCCAAAAGACAUGGAAAAGGCACAAAGGUCCAAUUUACCAGAGAUUUAAUGAAUAUCAACGCUUGACUAUA